AUGACAUUAAGCAUUAUUGGACGCAUGAAAUAUUAUUAUAAUCUAUGUCAUGAACGAAAUGAUUUGCAAUGCUUCCAUGACGAAGUACAUAUGUGUUUAUGUUCAAAUGAACGGCAUGCUAAUUGUGUAGAAUUCGAUCAUAAUAUGACGUAUAAUUGUUACGGAUGGAGCAACUGUGAAAAUGGUGCACAAUGUUUUCAAGAUCAUCCACUUUGUCCAUCAUCAAGAAUUUGCGUUUGUAACGAUUGUUUCUACGGAUCACGGUGUCAAUUUAGCACAAAGGGUUUUGGCCUCUCACUCGAUGUCAUUCUUGGUUACCAAAUUCGACCUUACGUUACCUUUAGUCGACAACCAAUCGCUCUCAAAGUGAGCAUAGUUGUCACAAUAAUUAUGUUCGUGCUAGGUUUUGUUAAUAAUACUAUUUCAAUCGUAACGUUUCAAGGCGCAAAGAUGCGAGAAACUGGAUGCGGUCUAUAUUUGCUCUUUUCAUCGAUAAUGUCUACUUUCACUACGGUUUCAUUUACCUUGAAGUUUUGGCUUGUCGUUCUUGCACAAAAAGGCACAAUCACCAAUCGAUCUUAUCUUACAUUUAGUUGUACUCUGAUGGAUAUUAUUCUUCAAGUCUUUGUCAGUUCUAGCGAAUGGCUUAAUGCGGCUGUAUUUGUUGAACGAGCGUUUACAGUGAUUAAGGGAGUUCAUUUCGACAAGGUUAAAAGUAAACGUGUUGCUAAAAUGAUUAUUCUUGUUCUUCUUGUCUUUAUAAUUUUGACAAAUAUUCAUGAUCCCUUGCAUCGUCGUUUAAUUGAUGAUAUCGAAGAAAGUCGAACGUGGUGCAUUGUUUCCUAUCCCAACGGUGUUCAGCUCUUUAAUUUGACGAUAAAAAUGUUCCAUUUUCUACUACCAUUUGCAUUUAAUCUUGCCUGUGCCGCGAUCAUUAUUAUUACAAUUAGUCGAAAUCGUUUCACAGUUACGAAACAAACAACGUAUGCAGAACAUCUUCGCAAACAGCUACGUGAACAUCAACAUCUAUUAAUUUCACCCGUUGCAUUAAUUCUUCUAAAUCUGCCUCGUCUGAUUAUCUAUUUCACCUCCAGUUGUAUGAAAUCUGCGCGCAAUCCGUGGAUCUUCUUAGCUGGCUACUUCAUUUCCUAUGUUCCCUCAAUGCUCACUUUCAUCGUUUUUGUGCUGCCUUCACAUGUGUACAAAAAACAGCUUAGUGAAACUGUUAAACAAAAACGUACGGCUUUGAAACGAUUUUGCAGUAUUCAAUAG